UAUUAGCUAGAGAAGUGACAGAGAUCAAAUCAGUGGGUGCAUUUUAUCUUGUGCAUGGCAUCUCUUCACGCUGGGCCUUGAGAGGUUCUUUGAUUUCCCUGACAACUUCAAUCCGGCUCACAGACCACCUCAACAACAAUGCAGCAGCUCUGGCUUCCUCUGCUGUGCGGCCUCUGCCUCCUCCUGGCUUUCCUGUGCAGCGCCGAGGAAGGUCUCGAGUUCCCCAACUUCGACGGGAAGGACAGGGUGCUGGACAUGAACGAGCGCAACUACAGGAAGGCUCUGAAGAGGUACGACCUGCUGUGUCUGUUCUACCACGAGCCCCUGCCGGCCAACAAGGGUCUGCAGAAGCGCUUCCAGAUGACAGAGCUGGUGCUGGAGCUCACAGCUCAGGUCCUGGAGAACAAAGACAUAGGUUUUGGGAUGGUGGACUCUCAGAGGGACGUCAAAGUCGCCAGGAAACUGGGUCUGGAGGAGGUGGGCAGCUUGUACGUUUUCAAGGACGACCGUGUCAUUGAGUUUGACGGCGAGCUCUCAGCGGACACGCUGGUGGAGUUCCUGCUGGAUGUGUUGGAGGACCCAGUGGAAAUGAUCAACACUGCCAUGGAGCUGCGAGCCUUCGAGAGAAUGGAGGAGGACAUCCGCCUCAUUGGAUACUUUAAGGGAGAAGAUUCAUACUAUAAAGCUUUCCAGGAGGCAUCAGAGCGUUUUCAACCUUACAUCAAGUUCUUUGCUACAUUUGAUAAAUCUGUAGCCAAACAUCUGUCCCUCAAGAUGAACGAGGUGAAUUUCUAUGAGCCGUUUAUGGAGGAGCCUGCCAUCCUGCCCGGCAGACCCCUGUCAGAGAUGGACAUCGUCGAGUUUGUCACCCAACACAGAAGGGCCACGCUGAGGAAGCUCCGGGCAGAGAAUAUGUUUGAGACAUGGGAAGACGACAUGGACGGAAUACAUAUCGUUGCGUUUGCUGAGGAAGAAGAUCCAGACGGCUACGAGUUCCUGGAGAUCCUGAAAGACGUGGCCAGGGACAACACCAACAACCCAGAGCUCAGCAUAGUCUGGAUCGAUCCGGAUGACUUCCCUCUGCUGACCACUUACUGGGAGAAAACCUUCAAGUUGGACCUGUUUCGACCUCAAAUUGGUGUCGUCAACGUAACAGAUGCCGACAGCGUGUGGCUGGACAUGUCCAACGACGAGGACUUGCCCACUGCGGAGGAGCUGGAGGACUGGAUAGAGGACGUCCUGUCGGGGAGGGUGAACACCGAGGACGACGAUGAGUCAGCCGAUGACCAGGAAAACCCUGACAGCUACAUCACGGAGGAUAGCGACGGAAGUCACGACCAAGACGACGAUGACGACGGUGAUGACUAAACUGAAUGUCUCGGGCUCGGCACAUUAGAAACAGAUUGUUGACUCAUUCAAAUGUUCUCAUUUCAAAGAUGUGAAAUUGAAAAAAAAAAA